AUGUCGGUGUUACCAGCUGAAGUUCAUACGGCUUUGGCGCAAAUUCUACAAGCAUUACAAUCUCCCGACAACAAUGUGCGAACGCUGGCGGAAGAACAACUCCACACCGACUGGACUGCGGGCAGACCAGAUAUCCUGCUCAUGGGACUGGUGGAGCAAAUACAAGGUGCUCAAGAUGCUGCGACAAGAUCUUUCGCCGCGGUGUUAUUUCGUCGAAUUGCGUCGAAGAACCGCAAGAGCCCUGCGAGUAGUGAGAUGACGGAGCUGUUCCUAUCUCUUGGUCAGGAUCAAAGAGCUGCGAUCCGGCAGAAAUUAUUGGCUUGCUUUCCAGAUGAACAACUACCUCAUGUUAGGAACAAGAUCGGAGAUGCCAUUGCUGAGCUGGCAAGACAGUAUACAGACAACAAUGAAAGUUGGCCAGAGCUUCUCGGUGCCCUUUUUCAGGCCAGCCAAUCGAAUGAUCCCACCAUGCGAGAGGGAGCUUUUAAAAUAUUCUCCACCACGCCUGGAAUAAUUGAGAAACAGCAUGAAAGCACCGUACAGGAAGCAUUCUCGAAAGGUUUUAAAGAUGAGAGCGUCGAGGUCAAACUUGCUGCUCUGGAAGCCUAUGCGUCUUUCUUCCAUUCGAUUACCAAGAAAGCGCAGACUAAAUACUUCAACCUCCUACCCGACAUUCUCAAUAUUCUCCCGCCUCUCAAAGACUCUGGGGAUUCGGAGCAUCUGCAGGCUGCAUUUGUUGCUCUCACUGAACUUGCAGAAGCUGCGCCGAGGAUGUUCAAACCCCUCUUCAAUAAUGUGGUCAAAUUCAGUAUUGGCAUAAUCCAAGAUAAAGAACUUGGUGACCAGACGAGGCAACAAGCUCUGGAGUUGAUGGGCACAUUUGCAGAUUGCGCCCCUGCUAUGUGCAAGAAGGAUCCAUCAUAUACUCAAGACAUGGUUACUCAAUGCCUCAGUCUGAUGACUGAUGUCGGAAUUGACGAUGAUGACGCAUCCGAAUGGAAUUCGUCAGAAGAUCUCGACCUGGAAGAGAGCGAUCUGAACCAUGUUGCUGGUGAACAAUGCAUGGAUCGUCUUGCCAAUAAGCUGGGCGGUGCUGCUGUGCUCCCAGCUACCUUCACAUGGCUACCCCGAAUGAUGGUUUCCUCGUCUUGGCGAGACCGACAUGCAGCACUGAUGGCCAUCUCAGCAAUCUCAGAAGGUUGUCGAGACCUGAUGAUUGCUGAAUUGGACAAGGUCCUCGAGCUGGUCGUGCCAGCUCUAAGAGACCCCCAUCCUCGUGUACGAUAUGCCGGCUGUAACGCUCUUGGUCAAAUGAGCACAGAUUUUGCCAAUACGGUGCAAGAAAAGUAUCACCAAGUGAUUCUCACCAAUAUCAUCCCCGUCCUCGAUGCGCCAGAACCUCGUGUACAGUCUCAUGCAGCAGCCGCCCUGGUCAAUUUCUGCGAAGAAGCAGAGAAGUCAAUCCUCGAGCCGUACCUAGACGAGCUACUUACCCACCUUCUCCGGCUUUUACAAUCUCCCAAGCGCUUUGUCCAAGAACAAGCUCUUUCCACGAUUGCUACCAUUGCGGAUUCCGCUGAAACCGCAUUUGGCAAGUACUACGACACUCUGAUGCCCCUGUUGUUCAACGUUCUGCGACAAGAACAAUCCAAAGAAUACAGACUUCUCCGAGCCAAAGCUAUGGAAUGUGCCACAUUGAUUGCUUUGGCAGUUGGGAAAGAGAAAAUGGGCGCUCAAGCUCUCGAGCUGGUCCAAAUCUUGGGCAAUAUACAAGAAAGCGUUGUUGAUGCUGAUGAUCCACAAGCAAACUAUCUACUACAUUGUUGGGGAAGGAUGUGUCGUGUACUAGGGAUGGAUUUCGUGCCCUAUCUUCGUGGCGUGAUGCCUCCUCUGCUUGAGCAAGCAUCGGCCAAAGCUGAUAUACAGCUUCUCGAAGACCAGGAUCAAGUCCAAGCAAUAGAGGAUGAGGGGUGGGAACUGGUGCCGCUCAAGGGCAAAGUCAUUGGUAUCAAGACCUCCUCGCUUGAAGAAAAAAAUACCGCCAUUGAAUUGAUCACGAUCUAUGCGCAAAUCUUAGAGGCCAGUUUCGAGUCAUAUGUCCUUGAAAUUGCGGAAAAGAUUGCCUUCACAGGCCUCGCAUUCUUCUUCCACGACCCUGUCCGAGUGUCGUCAGCCAAACUGAUUCCCCAACUUCUAAAUUCAUACAAAAAGGCGCAUGGCGAACAACACCACCAAUUCCAGCACUUAUGGAGCCAAUCAGCCAAGAAAGUGAUUGAGAUUCUAUCAGCCGAACCAGCUAUCGACACUCUAGCAGAGAUGUACCAGUGUUUCUACGAAUGCGUCGAGGUGGUAGGUAAGAAUUGCCUGUCAGAUGAACACAUGCACGCUUUCAUUCAAGCUGCCAAAAGCACGCUUGUUGAUUACCAAGAACGGGUUAAAGGUCGCAUUGAGGAUAAGCAAGACGCUGCAAAUGCUGGAGCAGAAGAUGAAGACGACUCCGAGAGUGUGCAAUACGCAAUCGAAGACGACGAAAGCUUGCUCUCCGACAUGAACAAGGCUUUCCACACGAUCUUCAAGAACAUGGGCGUCGCAUUUAUACCGGCAUGGCAACAACUAAUGCCUUUUUACGACUCCUUUGCUGCAUCACAUGACCCAUCUCAACGGCAGUGGGGUAUCUGCAUCUUCGACGACGUUCUCGAAUUCUGUGGCCCUCAAUCGUGGGAAUUUAAAGACCACAUCAUACAACCAAUGGUCAAUGGUAUGCAGGAUCAGAAUUCCGCCAAUCGGCAGGCAGCCAUAUACGGUGUUGGUAUCGCAGCGCAGAAGGGAGGUGAAGCCUGGGCCGAUUUCUCCGCCGUCAGCCUGGAUUUUUUGUUUCGAGCCACCAAGGUACCGAAUGCAAGGAGUGAAGAGGAAGUAUUCGCCACAGAAAACGCAUGUGCUGCCAUUGCAAAGAUAUUACAUUACAACAAUUCGAAGGUGGAGAAUCCUCAACAAGUGGUCGAAUCGUGGAUUGACACCCUACCCAUCCUCAACGACGAGGAGACUGCGCCGUACGGUUAUUCAUUUUUGGCGCAACUGAUCGAUCAGUCAAAUCCAGCGGUGAUCCAAAAAGCAGCCCAGGUUUUUCAACACAUCGUCCAAGCCCUCGAGGCGGAAAUGAUCCAAGGACAAAUUGCUACCAAAGUCACCUCGUCGGCGAAGCAACUUGUGGCCCAGACAGGUAUUAAUGCGGAACAGAUAUUGCAGACUCUUACGCCGGAGGGACAGGUGACAGUGAGGACGUAUUUUCAAUGA